AAGAUCACCCCUCAUCCCCUCCGUACCGCGCCCGCCAUUCGUUCCCGUCUCUCUGAUCUUCCUGCUGCUCACAUAGAUCGGAUCGGAGAAUAGACGCUGCAAAAUCUGCAUAAUUUUCGCAACUUUUCUUCCACAAAUCCCUAAUAAUCCGUCAUUAGGGCUUCCGAGGUGCUUACAUGUCCGAUCUCUGCAAAUUCGGUGUUCUGAUGGGCUGAUUUGAGAGGGAUGGUGGGUUCUUGAUCUUCCAGCUUAGGGUUUCAAAGAGCAUCGACCAUGCCUUCGGUGCUCGGAGAAUUCAUCCACCGGCGUGAAACGACGAUUCCCUCGGCGACCUCUUUCCAUGGUGGUUCAUGUUCUCAUCGUCUGAAACAGCUUGAGAAAUGGAAUCGGCGUGGUAAUUUGAGUUAACGUUCGGCUUAAUAAUGGCUAUCUUGUUAUUUUAGGGUUUCUUCUUCUUUUCUUCCCGUUUUCGGAUCUGAACGAGAUAAAAAGAAUUAGAGAUCUAGAAAUCACUCAUUGAACAAUCACACUCCAUUUCUUCUUAAAUUGGUUGGGCCAGCACGAUCUUUCAAGGAAGUUGGAAUUUGUGGCUGUUUGGGUGGAUCCAGGUUACCGUUUGGACUUCUCUCUCAUAUAAGAGACCUCUUUUCUUUUUUAACUGUAGAGAGAUAGAAAGACUAGAUAGAGUUUAAAAAGAAAGAAGGAAGCAGAAAGACAUGCUGACAUUUUAGAAAAAAAACGAAUGAUCUCAUUCAGUACAUGCAGAGAACAGGAAGACAUGCUGACAUGCUCGCGAUCUACUGCUCGACUGUUCCUUUUUGCUCCUUUCAGAUCUUUUAUUUGUCAAUACUGACCCUGAUCCCAUUCCUCUGCCAGGAAAUGAGCCCUGUUAAGUACUCAUCAUCCUUUUGGGUUUUGUGCAAAUUCAGUAAUAGUAACUAUGACUAUGAGCUCAAUUACUUUAACAACUGGUUGUUUUGUCUGGCGAUAUGAUUCUUGCUUUGGGUGCUAGAGUUGCUAGUUCAAUUCUCACAGUGCCCUUUCAAUGUUGUAUUGCUAGAACAUGGGCAUGAAGGUGUAAAAGUUGCAUCUAAUCUGCACCUCGAACAUCGGAGGCAUGAUUUGUGAAGAGAUUUGAAUAUCUUAGGCGGCUACUUAUAACCCUUCUUAAGGUCAAGGCAACUAGUUCUAUCAUCCUAGUACCUCGUAUUAUUGAUGGAUGUAGCGGAGAGUGGAAAUUCAGUUUCUAAAUAUGUGGAUAAUCUUCUUGAACUAGAGCAAUCAUGUUUGAAUCUUAACCAAUGCCCUUAUGGUAGCAUGGAAAGCAAUUUGGUAGAGGAACUUGAAAAUGCACCUGGGGUCUUACAUGACGAUGAUCAAGAACUGGUACCAGACAGCGGUCCACUUUUAGGUGGGGAUGAUGAGAUAUACCAUGCAGAUGACAAAACGUGGGGGGAGUUGAAAAUACACCAGCUCCAAUCCUCAAUUUCAACGACCCAGAAGGGUUUGACAAGAUUUGCAACUUUUCCAUGCUCUGGAAUGACAUGUGCUGCAUCUAUGAAUGGGAGAGAGGAAAUACCUGCGCAAAGUUCUACAUUGUCUGGGAAUCCAACCUGUACUCGUUCUAUAUCUCUGCCCACUCCUUUGAAGCUUGUGUCUGCAAUGAAAGGUAGCCGCGAGAAGCAGGGGAUGCCUUUGAAGAAGUUGAAUGUGACAUGGGCUCCCGAUGUCUAUGAUCCACCUGCUACGUCCCUAUCUCACACAGUGAAGAGUCACAACCAACAUCGUUCCAGAGGGAAUAAGAAGAAUGGCAAACACAAGCACAAGAGCAAAUCUUCUCGAGGUAGCGGCAGUGACAAGAAGCAGUCACGCAAAGUUGUCUCAAGCACGGAUACACGUUCGAAGUUGCCGACUAGCAGUGAAAGAUUACUCAUAGGUGGUCUGAGGCAGUCGACUGUGGAGACGGUAGAUUUCGCUACAACUGGUCAGGACACCAAGUGCGGCAGUAGCUUCCUGAGGACGUCGCUAGCUAAGAUGCACAUUUCAGUCGCGGAGGCUACAUAAAAAAGGGCACCUCAUCCAAGUUCUGUUUCCCUAUGCGGAUCUAUGUAAAUAUAUAUAAACAAGUAUAGUUUGGGCGACUAUGCUAUUCUUCACUGGUUGUUAAUAACGAUUUGCUAAUACUCGUCCCUGCACCAUUUUGGUUGUGGAUGGUGAAUUGGUGAAUGCAUUCUGUAAGAUAAUAAUGGUAGAACACUAUAACUCAGGCUAUGUCAUUUUUCGACCAGAGUUUGAUCUUUGCUCGGUUACAAGGGUUUAUUGUGUUGUAAAA